AUGUUCAGGCCAGAAGAACAGCAAGUUGAAAUAUGCUUACUAAAAUCUAAUUUGGAAGAAAUUGAAAAUGAGUUAGUCGUCCAGCGCUCAGCAUUACCCGCAUUGGAUGCGGAGAACGAGCAGAAAUACCGGGACACGAUGACCGCGUUGCGAGUUACCCGUUCAUUGAACACAGAAAUUGAACGGCUUAAACUUGAAAAUGUUCGAUUAACUGCAAAGCGUAUGCAGCUGAAACGCCAAAGCGAUGAUAUAAGCAACAGUGUGGAGCGGGCACGGGAGACUCAAAGUGAACUGGCUAAGUCAGUGGAGCAAGAAGCACAGGAAACAGAACUCCUUCUACGUCAAUAUGAGGAUACGUUACAAGAAAUAGCGGAUCGUUUCAGGAAAACUCGUGGUUACUACCAUGAAGAAGAGGUUAAUAAGGAGACUGAAAACGUCAAUGCUAAAGUCUCGGAACUGGAAGAUGAGUUGCAAAAGCGACAAGCUAUGGUUGACGAGUUAAAAUCUCAACUCAAUCAGCUCAAACCAUCCUUACCUGAAGAUCUCCUUUACAUCACUGGUAAAGUGGAAUUAGAUGCAAAAGUAAAGGAGCUCACUGAAAAGCUUGAAGCGUUAAACGAUAAACACAAGUUACUUGUUAAUCGGAACAAUUUCAUGAAUUUCUCUACAGAAAAGAAGUAAUUAUUGUAAAGUUCCCUUUUCUAUAAAUUUUGACUGUAACAAAUAUUCAUAUGCAUUACUAUUUUUUUAAUCUCACUUAAUUUAACAGAUACUUUAGUAAUUGGUAUACUUUAGCAUACUUAGAGAAUAAUAAAAUAUAAGAAAACAGACAGAUGUAAAAUUCCGAAGGAAGAAUUGAGAACGUUUUCAUUCAAUUAU